AUUUUUCCUUAUUGCAGCCGUGGGAGGCGGCGACUAUUUAUUAACAUAAAGAUCCAGUCACAUGUCGAAACGCUCUGGCUUAGGUGUGGUAUGUCAUAUUUGUCCAGCUACUUAACUAGAAGUAAGAUCACUAGCGAAGAGUUAUCAAAACCUUUAAAAUUGUCAAAGCCAUCUUUGGAUAGUGAUGAAGAAGACUAUAACGAUAAAGAUUGUUUCCGAUUACAUGAAGCAGAUAUAGAUGGUCAGGAAGCUACGACUUUAGAGUAUGAUGAUGAAGUUAAAAUAACUCCAUUUAACAUGAAAGAAGAGCUUGAGGAAGACGGUCACUUCGAUUCCGCUGGCACUUUCAUUUUCAAGAAACAAGUUGAUGCUCGU